AGCAAACUUCCUCGUGGUAACAGUACUGACGUUAUGUAAGAAUAAGACUGCCAUCCGAAGCUAGUCUACCAAUCAAUAUCCACUGACCACAAUCGCCUCCUCCCCUCUCCAGCUAUUUAGUGAUGAUUCAGAUGAGCCCUCCCAGCCCUUCGCCCUCGCCGUUAGGGACACCAUCCCUAUCCCUGCUUCUGAAGCCUUUUCCCUCUCCUCCUCGACUGCACUCCCCACCUUCUGCCCACCUGGCUCCCUGUCCUUGUCCUCUCCAGCUUCUUCGCUCCCGCCUCCCGGACCACCUCCUCCACCCCCUCCACCUCUGCCGCGCACCCUCCCCUCUCCAGGUGCGCACCGCCACCGCGCCGCGCCGCCGUGCGCUUGCGCUGCGCACCCGCCGGUGCUGGGCGGGCAGAGUUGCAGUAGCGCUCCGCCGCUGGUGCGUUCUGCACGGGAUCCAAGCUCCGGGCCGACGCCCGCACGGGGCCGGGACAGGUGGCUGCGCUGGUCCACAGGGCCGCCCUUCUGCCCGCGAUGGGCUGCUCCAGCAGCGCCCUCAACACGGCCGGCGACAGUAGCGGGCUCCGCAGAGAAGAAAGUGAGUCCUGCUUUGCCCAACCAAAACCACGGACACUGGGAAAAGAAUCCACUCUUUUUGGCAAGGUGGAAAAGGAAAGUCCAGCCCCCUUCGAGAAGCUCAAGAUUUCAGCAGUGUCUACAGCUAACGGAGUUAAACCUGUCCAUGAAUGGCCCCUGGCAAACAGUGCUGCGGAUCCACCAGCAUCCACAGAAGAGGCUCAGCCUCUAGACAGACCCGAGGAGUCGGGGCCACCCCAGCCAGGUGGCAAAGAUGAUACUCUGGUUAUGGGAGGAAAGAAGAAAGACAUGGGAGCAGUGGCAGAGGCUCAGCCUUUACAAGGAAAUGCUGAGACCGAAUCUGGAGGAACAGACCUCAAGUACACCAAGCCUUUGAGGGCCACAGGAGAGAGGAGCUCUCCAGGAGCAGUGGAGGGUACUGAGAAUCCACAAACUGCCAGACAGAUGAAACUUCUAGGAACAUCUGAUAAAAUCCCUCCUCUGGAAGCAGCCAGAGAGCCACAACCUCAAGAAGCAAUGGGCAAAGGUGAACAGACCCAACUCCCAGAAACAGUUCCCAAGGAGAAGGAAUCUCCAGAAGUACUGGAAGGAAGUCAGUUUUUGGAAACAGCUGGAGAGCAGCAACUUCAAGAAACGUUGGGGAAAGAUGAGCAGUCCCAACCUCUAGAAACCAUUCCCAGAGAGAAUGGAACACCAGAAAUAUCGGAAGGAAGUCAGUUUGUGGGAACAGCUGGAGAGCGGCAACUUCAAGAAAUGUUGGGAAAAGAUGAACAGUCCCAACCUCUAGAAACCAAUCCCAGAGAGAAUGAAACACCGGAAGUGUUGGAAGGAAGUCAGUUUGUGGGAAAAGCUGUAAACAGUGAGUUGCUCCAUAAAACUCCUGAAGGUCCCAGAAACAUGGAGCAGAGUCAACUUGAAGGAAUGAUAGUUGGAAGCAUGGAGCAUCCAGUGGGAAUUCUAGAAAUAGGAGCAAAUAUGGAAAUGGUCAAGCAAAUGCACACUAAUGAAGAGGACCAACACAUUGAAGGUGAGACAGGAGAAAAGGUUGAAACAGAGGCGGAGAACGAGAAAGGAAGUGAAGGGCCUGGAACAAAAGAAGAAGAAACAGGGGAAGCCGUGGGUCUUGCCGCAGCCACAUAGAUUGGCGUGAUCGUAGAAGGAUGAACGGACACAGUUGUGUUAUAACAGAGAAAAAAAAUGGACUGAAGUGUGUGGGUAUAGAUCUUAUCUUUUAUCUUAUCUUUUCAUGUGUACGUAUUUUAUACAAAGAGUGUGGUUAUCGUGUUCUUGAUUAGGUUGUUCCAUAAAACUUCUAAGCCGUACACAGUUGUCUUAGGCACUUAGAACAGUAAUGCAUUCAAGACUGCAGCAGCCAUUGCCCGUGACAAGUAGGGUGUACAAUUACUGGAGGGUGAGGGUGUUUUCUUCAUUGUGGUAAUAGGUUUAUUCUGUUUAGAAAAUGAGACUCUGAAAAGAAGGUAUAAGCCUUAGUUGUAGGGGGUUGGAGAAAGGGGUUAGCACAAAUUAGGGAGCUCCUGAUGAUAAGGUUACACGGUUAUAAUUACAAUGGGAUGAGAAAGAACACAGUGUCAGGGCAAACUCUACCUAGUGUUGCUUUCCUGUGGCAGAAUUUAAAGCUGGGAGGAACCUUGGAAAGUGUGUCCCUCUAGUUACGUCUCACUUGAAGUCUGUCUACUGCAGCCGGCUCUCAUUUAUCAUGGUGUGUUCAAUGUGUUAACAAAAUCCUCAUCAAAGGAACGCAUCUCUGGUGCUAUUGUAAGAUCAGGUAUUUAGACACCGAAAGGCUACACAUUUUCCAUGUGCCAUUUUGAAUUUUGAACUUACGUGAAGGAUUUUAAUUGGUGUUCUCCUUUCGACUGACAUUAAAGGUAUUUUAAAUAAAUGGACUUUUAAAUGUAUUUCAGAAGCAACAAACAAUAAGAAUUCAAGCCUAGAUUAGAGGGGCACCGGGAUGGGUCCAGUCGGUUAAGCAUCCUUCUCUUGAUUUUGGCUCAGGUCAUGAUCUCAGGAUUGUGAAAUCCAGCCCUGCACGGGGCUCUGUGCUGAGCUUAGAGUCUGCUUAAGAUUCUCUCUCUCCCUCUCUGCCCCUCCCCCCCACUCCUGCACAGCCUGUGUGUGCACUUUCUAAAAACAAGCAAAACACCUAGUUUAGUUGCCUAUGUGAAGUUUAUUCCUUGGGUACUAUUAUUUUUGUUUGGUUUUAGAUUACUGUGAUUUAAUGUUAGGCAUUAGAGGUAGAAAGGAGCUAAGCAAUUAGAAUUUAAAAACCAUUUAUAAUGGGGCGCCUGGGUGGCUCAGUCAGUUGAGCAUCUCAACCUUUGGCUCCAUCCCAGGAUCAAGGCCCGCCUCUAGCUCCCUGCUCAGCAGGGAGCCUACUUCUCAGUCUCCCUCUCUCCCCUGGCUUGUGCUCUCUCUAUCCCAAAUAAGCAAAUAAAGUCUUUGAAAAAAUAAAUAAAAACCAUCUAUAAUAUUUCAUUAAUGUUAAAAUAUUUCAUUAAUGUUAAAAUCGAAAGUUACUUUUUAAGAAUUCUUCCAAAAUUUCCAAGGGAUUUUGGUAAAAGAUUAUAGGUGAAUGGUAACGAUGAUAGCAAUCUUGUCUACCCUUGAGUGCCUUGUGUUCAUUAAUAUCAGGAUAGAAUUAUAUUUUAGAAACACUUGGUGUCUUUUCUUAUUUGCAAAUAUCUAUUUUUUACGAUAACUGUUCAAAUGAAUUAACUAGACUCUUUUACUUUAGCUUUGAUAUUAAAAUGACUACUAAGAUGAUCUGUAAGUAAUUUCAAGAAUAUAGGCUACAGGGAAGAAUUAUCAUCUUUAUUCUGAUUUUAAUAUUAGUUUAUGUUUGUGACUUUAAAGAGUAGAAGUAGACAGCAAGAGAAAGUACUUGAGUAGGUGACAUCCUCUUUUCUGCUGAGUUGCUGGGUUGUGAUUUGGAACUGCUGCUGCAGUCUUGGAACUUUUUAUCUAUCUUUAAUGCAGGCAUUUAGCCCCUUCAGUGGAACACGAAAGGUGCUUAAUAAAUAUUUGUCAAAUCAGUAAAUGAAUAAUGAAUACCAAGGGCUCCCAUUUACAUUGAAUUCAUUUAAAAAGAGUAGAUUUUACAGAUCAGUUUGUGUAACACUGACAUUUUCAUGGGGGCUGCUAAGCUCAGUAACAAGCUGUGUAUUCAGUGUAGUUCUGAAAAUGGCACUAUGGCGUGGCCAGGAAAUGAAAUAAAUCAGAACAGAUAUAACAUCUUUCAAGCUGCCUUUUGUAAUCCAAGGGGGUUUUCCCUGACCAAAAGGUAUUUUUAAACAGAUAUCUAGUAAGGAGAAAUGAUAGCACUUAGUGUAACUAUGAAUGAUCUCCUUAAAAGGUGGAAUUCUUCUUUGUGUGAAGCACUUAAAUAGUAGGCUUCGUUUACUUAAUAGACAUGAAGGUCCAUUCUCUGUUGUGUAGGUUUUUUUUUUAUUGGUAGCAUGUGUUAAAGAGACCUGCUCAGAACUAGUUCUUGAACGAAUUUUGUCUCAAAGGCAUUAUUAUAGAGUUAUAAGUUUUCUAAUUGUUUAUUAAUCUUACUAGUUCCCAUUAAUUCCCACUUAUUAAUUUCCAUUAAUAAUAAAUUAAAAUUAAUAAUUCUAUUAUCAAUUUCCAUUAAUUACUAAAAUAAUUUAUUCUUAGCUUUUGUAUCUAAAUUUAUAUACAUUUCUGGCACUUUUUAUACUUUGGCCUUUAAUGUGGCUACUAGACAUUUUUAGAAACUGUUCUUUUAGAUGAUAUUAGUAUUUUUUAUUCAAAUUAAAAUGUUCCAUAAUAUGUGAAUAUUCUAGAAUUGAAACAUGUCAUCUAAAUAUUUAGUUUUUUAAAUAAAGUAAUAAGUGCCUGUAGUAGAACUCAAUACAGAAAGGUAUAAAAUGGGCAGUGAAGUUCUCCCUCCCUUAUCUUUAGUCCUUCCAUGAAAAGAUAAGUUUUCUUGCAUAUACUUCCACAAGAAGGUGAUAUAUAUACCAUGCUUUAUGCCUAUGCUAAAACACAAGUGUGUAUUUAUAUCCACAUUUUAAAAGACAAAUAAGAAUUUACAUAGCCCUUGUGUUGUGAAAAGUACACGUAAAACGACUAAUCUAUCCUUUCCCGUGUUAGAAUUUUUCUCUUUUGCCAAGACCGACCGACAGCAUAGCCCAGGGCAUUCUUCACUCUGAGAAGAGGUCAUCAGUUUUGCCCCAAAUUUAAAACAUAGAAGUUGGACCAAAGGCUUGAGCUGUUUUGUCAUGAACUAAUAGAGGAACUAUCAUUGGGGGUGGAUUCUUUCAUCCUGGGGUGCUAUAUAGCCCCAGGAUUGUAGCCCCAUUUGUGUUCUACUAAGCUAGUCGCAGUAUUUUCUACAAAUAAGUGGGAGGGAAAUGGUGAAGAAAUGAUUUGCCGGCCGGCAGUCCCAGGAAGGAAGGAAUGUUUGAUUUACCAACAGAGGGCGCCAGUCGCAAGGCUAAGAAAUACCCAGUCUCCUCCAGAACUCGAGCCCAGAAGCUGUGCCCUGGGGUGGGGGGAACCAGGAGAGGAAUACG